GACGUCACUUGAUCAAACUUUUUUAGUGGUAUUGACUGGUAAGAUUAGUCUUAACUAGGAUUGUAUUCCAGUAGUUGCAUUUUAAGUUGAAAGACCAACGUUUUUCGAAGGGCCCUCCACACCGGCUGUCACCUGCCAGUGCUGUGAUGCCAUUAUUUGGGAGAGCCCAGAAGAGUCCGCAGGAGCUGGUCCGGGCCUGCAAGGAGGCUAUUGAUAAACUGAAAGGAGCAGGAGACAAGUCCGACAAGGAUGUCAAAAAGGUUAGUGAAACGCUGCAGGCCAUCAAGAACAUGCUGUACGGGACGGCCGACCAGGAGCCCCAGACGGAGCACGUGGCGCAGCUAGCACAGGAGAUGUACCAGAGUAAUGUCCUCCUGCUCUUCAUCGUCAACCUCAGCAAGAUCGACUUCGAGGGAAGAAAAGAUGUGGUUGCUAUUUUUAACAAUUUGCUGCGUCGACAGAUUGGCACCCGUUCGCCGACUGUUGAAUAUAUCUGUGUGAAACCGGAGCUCCUCUUUCUCCUCAUGGGAAGUUAUGAAACGCAGGAGAUAGCUCUCAACUGCGGAAUGAUGCUACGAGAAUGUUGCCGCUACGAAUCAUUGGCAAAAAUUAUGCUUUAUUCUGAACAGUUCUACAACUUCUUUCAAUACGUUGAAGUUUCUACGUUCGACAUUGCAUCAGAUGCAUUCUCAACAUUCAAGGAACUGUUAACGAAGCACAAGAUGCUGUCUGCUGAGUUUCUCGAGAGUAAUUAUGACAGAGUGUUCACCCACUACCAGGCCUUACUAAACUCCGACAACUACGUGACCAGGAGACAGGCUCUAAAGUUGCUUGGAGAGUUGCUGCUAGAUCGCCACAACUUCACCACGAUGACUCGCUACAUCAGUAAUCCAGAAAACCUCAAAUUGAUGAUGAACAUGCUGAGAGAGAAAAGUCGAAAUAUUCAAUUUGAAGCCUUCCAUGUCUUUAAGGUGUUUGUAGCCAACCCCAAUAAGCCAAAGCCAAUUUUGGAUAUACUCCUACGAAACAAGGAAAAACUAGUGGACUUUCUAACAAAGUUUCAUACCGACCGUUCUGACGACGAACAAUUUAACGAUGAAAAAGCCUACCUGAUAAAACAAAUUAAAGAACUGAAGUCCCCUGACGAUUCUUAACAACACGCUAGUGAUACGUGAGUAGAGCGCGUCAUACUGCGUACCAUGUAGGAGGGUCAGGACGGGGUCGAAGCGAGAACCCUGUUCGGUCAUACUCGUUAUAUAUGGGCACCUCUGGUUGUCGAAGCGGUUGCACUAGCCGUAUUGUGGGCUAUAUUCUCCAAUUUUUCCUUCUAUUUUAUUUUAUACCUAUGUUUAUAUCCAUGUCACUUAUAUUGCUUUAAGAAGGGAGUUUCUGUGCUGCAAAAAGAUCUUGUGGAUUCUCGUAAACGCGGAGAAGAAAAAGCUACAUGUUGAGGAUUGAGAAAAAGAAGACCGACAAUGUUAAAAGAAGAAUGUUGUUGAUUUAAUAAAAGUAAUUUGUUUUCGUUCUUCGGCGAUUCUCCUAACUCUGACAAGCUUGUAAAUCAUUUCCAGGUUCUCCCUCGACAACUUUUGUUUUGCGCUAUGUUAUUAGUUUAAUUAAUAGUAUAUAUAUAUAUAUAUAUAUAUAUAUAUAUAUAUAUAUAUAUAUAUAUAUAUAUAUAUAUAUAUAUUUACCCAUGUGGAUUGUUUAGGAAGGUUUUGUAUGAGACAGUAAGUCAAGUCUAUGUUAGACAGAAAAUAAUAGUUUGAAAAAAUAAUACAUUGACAUCCAAAAGAAACCUUACAAGGCUUAAAAUUGUAUUAUACAGGGGUGGAAAUUCUCCUCGGAUUGGCUGUUUUCCUUUCAUGAACAUUGCGUUUCCUCGCAUUUUAAUCAUCCUUUCCUCCAAAAUGUGUCAGAUGGCACAAAUUUUAACCUGGGAUUUCAAGAAUAUCCGGGACCCCUCUAGAUUUCCUCUUUUUUACAGUUCACCAAUUCCCCACCCCUGAUUAUUAUUUAAAAAAAAAAACCCAAAACAGUACAGUGGGAUAUGAAAGUAUCAUGAAGUACAGUAUCUAAACGUAACAAUGCACUUCGUGAUACAGCAAAAUGUUUUGGAACGUGGUUUUUGAAUUACUUCCUUGCCAUUAGUAAAAAAAUUUAUAUAUGUAUACAUUCUCUUGGAUGUCAAUAUAGUUCGAAAAUGGUUAGUCAAAUUAUGUUUGUCUUAUUCAAGUGCAACAAAGUAAAAGCUCAGUCAUUGGUGAUAUAUUUGCCAAAGAAUGGUCUAAACCUUGUGUCAGGAACAAAAGAUUCAUAUUCGAAGGCUGAUCAUGUGUGUAGGUGGGUAAAAGGCAAACUAGGCCCUCUUGUGUUCUUAAAAAAAAUAAUGAUAAAACGAUUGAUCGUGCCCUGAAAAUACAAGUCUCAGUUGGUCAUUCCAAUUGCUCUACUCUAGGGAUGGACUUGUUUUUAUUAAUCCCGACAGCAGCAGGAAUAAUGUUUGAUGUAUAUAUAACUAAAACUGUUUAUUAAUAAAAGUGAUUUGAGUAUACCACGAAUUGUGCGAGUUGAACUUAGUAGCUGCAGAACAGAAAUCACAAUCGCAGCAACGACAGAUACAGUAAGCUGAGCAAUAAAGCUUCUGUGACUGAACCACAUCCAAUAGCCGAUGAUUAAUAAAUCAAUGUGCUCUAGUGGUGUCGUUAAACAAAACAAGCAAACUUCCUACCACUGAACCUUUCCACAAAGAUGGGUUAAAGCAGGUGUAGAAUUUGUUGGUAAUUUUCCAUAUCUGUUUGAAGAUCUGCAGUCUGUCAGUUUCGUCUUCUCCAUGGGAGGAAAUAAAGGCUCAUCAUACUGUUCAUUCGUUUAUCAGCUGUUUAGCCAAUUUGUCUUCGAGUGAACCCUUCCCUUUUUGCUCUACCUUGCGGAGCCACUCACUUCUCCAGAAUGAAUCUUUAAUUCUUAUCAUUUGGUGUUUUUUUUAACCUGAUGACACUUGCUAAUGGACAUGGUAUUUAAGGAUUUUUAUAAAUCUGUUUAUUACAUUAAUGCAUUUCAUUGUUGACUUUUUAUUUUUAUUUUUUUUCCUACUUUCUUUAAAACAACUUUUUUUGUGUAUUAAAUUCAGGGGACAAUAUUUCAAAAUCUUAAGUAACCCUGAAGUCAGUUUUCGUCAUUGUUACCUUGGUAACUAAUUGUUCAGUUACAUUAAUUAUGUUUGCAGUCAGUAACUUAAUCGUAACCCCUGUAUUGCUGUUCUGGACUAGAUUGAUAUUUCAAAUAUAAGUUAAACAACCUUGUUUUGCAGAUAAAAAUAAUAUUUCGCAAGUGUUUAAAGCAAUCUUAAUUUUAAAUAUUUUUUUAACAGUUAUUAAUUGUAAACAAGUAGUGGUUUCCUAUGUAACUCAGCAGUGAGUGUGAAUUUAAAUCUACAUAACCAACACAUUGACAAAACAAAAAGGUCACAUAAAAUAUUAAGCCCUGUAAAUUAUUUUAGGGGUGCGAGUGUGAUGGCAUAUAUAGUUCACAAUUUAUCUGAUUUGUGGGGAAAAUGGUAGCCUACUAGUAAUAGAAAGCUAUUUGAUUAGUUACUGUGAUUGAAUGAAAAUGAAAAUGAAUGACACCGAAACCAAGCUGCACGUUUAAGCAUCUGGGCUGGUGAUGGUAUACAGAUGUUUACAGUAGUAUACAACAGUCGGGACUCGCCACUUCCUAUGUGGAACAAAGCUUCAUGUUAUUGUAAAACACAAACGUGCUGCCUACACUUGUCAGGGCUAGCUAGCUCUGGGUGAUCAGAACAUUUUUGUCAAAUUAUCUUUAAAAAAAAUGCAACACGUACAGCUAUUUUCAUACAAAAUACAAAUUAUUACACCUUUUUUUCCCACUGCCAACUGGGAAUAACAUUUGCAAAAUGUUUUUAAAAUUGCAAAUGGGGAGUGGCAAGUGGCGGAGCUUGUUACAGUGAAACCCAUCAAAACUGGACACCCAUGGAAACCAGUAAAAAGGCUGGUUACAGAGGUUGUGUUCUGUGCCGAUAUUUAAAAAGGGGCCAUGAAAAACAUCCAGUUUUCAGGGGUUUCGUUGUACUACUUAAACUAGUUUUCCUGUGGCAAAACCGAAGUGGGUUAUGCCAUCGGUUGUCCAUGUAGCUUGUGGAGGCCUGUACUAGGCUACUGCUUGUGGAUUUGACCUGUUUAGAGUUUGUACAUUUAGUCUUCUGCUUAUAGUUCACCAUGCUAUCUCUGACCUAGAAAUGACACCUACAGUCCCACAUUUGGCUAGUUUAGUAUUAACAUGCUACAAAAGUUAAAAUACCUCAAGUAGCAUGCAGUCUUUUUGGUUUUUAUCUUCUUCUUUUUUAGUAUUGGUCAUUAUUAAUUAUUUCUCGGUCUAUAAUUCUCCUCAGUAGUCCUGUUCAUGUAAAACAACCAAUAAAUUAGUAUUUUUUGGUUUAUAUCCAUAAGACCCGUACUUGUAAUAUCUGUAACCAGUAAGAUGAGAAGGAUACGUUUCAUAUGCUAUAUACACACUGUCAGAUAUUAGUACAGUGACCAAGGUUGUCCCACGGUCACGUUCACAUUGUUUUAUUAUUGUAUUGGACUUCAUAAGCUAUUCCCUAUAUCUCAGUUAUGAUACAGUGUUGUAUCCAAAAGAAAACAUUCAUGCAAUACCAUUCAUUCAAUAAAUGGAACGUAUGUUAAUCAUUGGACAGAUGUACUGUUAUUGGUUUAAAUCGGUCUGGCUAAAACUUUCGUUUUGUUACAUAAAAUCUGCAAUGGAAGAACUGUCCACUGGCUAGUGUGAUAUCGAGACAAAUUGUUGCCAACUGCAGAUUUAGUUCAUCGAUUACCGGUCGGAUAGUGUAAUUUGUAUGGAGGAUUCUCUGGGUAUGUAUGACAAUCUGCCACAUUAUACAGUGUGCUGCUGUAAAGAUGGGAUUCCUCGUGUACAUUUUUGACAGCUUGUGUACGAGUGUGUGUGAAUUCUGCCAUGCUCAUAUACCAUGAAGGUUUCGUGCAUUUCUGUCCCGGGUUCCGUAUUUGGAUAGCCAGAAGCCCAACCCGGGACAGAAGCUUGUGUAUGUUAGCCAAGUUUUCCAAAUCAGAAAUAUUAUUGGUAGUAAAUCUUAAGGCAGAGAUGAAUUUUACUUGUAGAAUGCAGGAAAUUACAUUUCAGGACAUCGUUUUUAACAGUUUACAGAACAUAACGACACUGUGCUGGGGCAAAUUAUCAAAUUUGUGCAAAAAAUAUAGAGAAAUUCGGGCAAAAUGAGCUGGCCUGAAACCUUUUGACCUUGUAUUUCCAUCAUUCUAUCCACAAUAUUAUUUGUAAUCCAUGUAAAAAUGCACACAAUGUAGUCAUUUAUUUGCAGCCCUAUUUAGCUACAUUAUAUUUGGCAGUAUUCCGAAUACAAAUAAAUGUUAUCCAGAUUCUGGCAUUUUUGUUGAAAUCGGGCAAAAAUUGGCCACAAUCUACAUGUAUGUAACCUGAGACACAUGAUAGCAGUAACAACUAAACAUUGGCCAUACAGUACAUGUAUGUAACCUGAGACACAUGAUAGCAAUAACAACUAAACAUUGGCCAUACACCUACAUGUAUGUAACCUGAGACACAUGAUAGCAGUAACAACAAAAAAUUGGGCAGUGCGUUUUCAGUGAAGUUUGGUAUAUAUAAAGAAACUGCACAAGCAUGCUAUAGCAGCACAUGGAAUCCUAGCUUUUAGUUUGUAAAUUGUUGGCCAAAAUAAAUGUAUACUGUUGAUCUGCCUCAGUUUUGUUGGGACCUAUGGAGGAAUGUUAAAUACUUGUAUGUAAAAUACCAAUAAUUACUGUCAUGUAUCGUCUAGUUGUUAAUAUGAAGAGGUCUUUUUUUUCUCUUUAAUGAAAGAAAGAAAAAGUAACUUUUAAAAUUUGUCCCAAAUUAAACAUUGAAGAAUACUGACAAUCUGAUAAUUAUACAGUGUAUACAUGUAGAUUUACAAUGUGUUAUUUUUUAAAAUCUGUGGCGACUUAAGGAAAAAAUGUGUGUGUGACCAUACAGGGAGCUAUCGGUAAGAUUCACCUAUGUGCAUGAUGCUUGGGGAAAGCCAACCAGUAGAGCUGGGUGAUAUUGAAAUUUCAGGUUUGGGGGAGAUAUGUUCGCGUUAAUGUAAAUCGGUACCGAACAGUAUAUGUUGAAAAGCAUUAAAAUUUUAAAAACCUAAAAAGCCCGACAUGUGGUUUUUUUCAGGUGAGAUGGACGCAUGUUUGGUGUAUUGCUAUGGUAGCACUGACCAGCUUCUAGCACUCAUUAACCUCAGUAACGCUUCUGUGCCGACUGAAGCAAACCGAGAAAUCCUUUAGAAAUAAUGUUGUUGUACGACGUGUAUCAUCCUCGGAUGUGCAGGAAACUGACGGUUCAUUGCUUAGUUAAAUGUUCUCUCAACUUGAUAUUAUUUUUUUUAGUCAAGCUGUUUAUAGAAGUCACCAAAGGUUCAACAGUGUUGCUAUUAUGAGCAGGUUCCUAAAUGUUUAUAAUGAUUGGCCGGUUAGUGGUUGUAACAUGAUUGUAGUUACAUGUAAGAGCAGGUUUAGUUCAACCUGUGUUUGUAUGGCCUCAUUCCCAUUCACUGGAUGCGACAUGGCAGUAAAUGGUUUCCAGUGAGACCAAACUGGAUUAGUGCCACUGGCGGCUCUUAUGGUCUCACUGGAAAUGGUAUCUUUUGGUAUUUGUAGCCACACAUGCAUUCACCGCAUCGUAUUCAGUAUGAAUAAGCCCCAUUACCAAAAAUAGCCAUGGCUCAACCUUGCUCCCCAAAUAUCCACCGCUAAUUAUAACCCAUAAAUAAACUUAAAAAUUGUAGUUGGCGAUGUUCUUUUUAAUUUUAUUUAGGUCUUAAGUAAACACUACAGAGUUUGUGGUCUUUGAAAUCUUUCUCCUUUUUUUUUUCUCUCUUUUUUUAAACUUUUUUUUUUACUAAUGGAACCUUUUUAAUGACAUUAAAUCUUAAAUAUAUUUUCUUCUUUAGAUCAUCAGUGUACGCUAUCUACAUUCAGUUGGUUUCUGGGCAUCUUAAUGAGUUUUAGCUCAAUUUAAAUUUUAUUUCCUAAUUUAUAUUUUUUUUCAUGACAUUUGUGUAUUAAAUUAUUGGGAGAUAAAAUAUAGUUUGUGCUACUACAAAUAUUAGGCCGAUCAGAAACACAUUGAAUAUACAAACACUGAUAUUCUAAAGAAUAUAUAUAUACAUACAUAGUGUAAUGUUAGUCAUAGAAAGGCUGUAGUUGUGGAAAAGUUGUUACACGCUCAGCAAACACAGAAAAGUCUCUUUGAAUGGGUUUCCUGCACAUGAAUGGAACUGUCAGCUCCUGUAAUUCUGGGGAUGAAUGUGUAUAUAUAAAUAUAUACGGUUGGCAUUGUACAUGUGUAUAAACUGAUGUGUACGAAAACCACGAUAAUACAUUAUUUACACAAUCAUAA